UCCUGCACUUGCCACAAAAUUAAAUAUGAGUUGAGACUAGCUUCUGACAACGAGGCGAGAACCUCUCUCUGUCAUUACCGAAUUCAUCAGAACGCCUUUGGAACAGAGUUUGGUUCAACAUCCAAGGUGCCUGGGAAUGCAUUUCAUAUUUCGAAUGGGUUGCCAAGGGAGCAUGCCGCAGACAAUGGCUCUGCGGUGAUGAUUCACCGUGAGUUCUGCAACACAUGUGGUAGCUUCAUUCUAGAGUACGAAGAGGCUGUCAAUGAUUAUUUUCGUUAUAUCAGUGUCGAAACUUUGGAUGACCCAGAAGCAUUACCUCCCCAAGGCGGAAUGUUUCUGCGAGGAUCGAGAAAGCUGGAUGCCUGGAAUAACAAGUCAAUGGAUUAUGUGAUUGUAAACACCAUGUGCGCAGACUAA